CGGGCGAGGGGGGGGACGCCACGGCCCCAGCGCCAGGACAGCUCAGCGAGCGGCCGGCACCCGUGGGACUCGCACCCAGGCCGGCGGAGGAGCAGGUGCCGAGGCGCUGGGCAGGCUCGGGGUCGCAGCGGAGCAUGGGCUGUGGAUGCCACACUGCACCGGGCGCUUGGUGAGUGGUGGCUUGGCGAGCAGCAACCUGAGCCCCUGCCUAAAAAUAGCCCUUCACUUGCCCACGGCCCUGCGACCUUCGGGGCUGUGGCCGGCGGGGGGGAGGCACCGAACCAGACAGCACCUGAACCGGGGGGCUGCCUCUGCCUCGGCACCCCUGGCAGGCACCCAGCACCCCCGGGCUGCAGGCAGGGGAAGAAGACGGGCACGGUGCUGCCGGCUCAGGGCGGUGGGGGUCACGGGAGUGGGCAGGGGAGCUGCAGACCAUGCACCGAGCGCAGGGACGUGGCGGCACGACUAGGGCCGGUGGGGAGCCCCGGGCGGCCCCGCCGAGCCCCGGCAUUCCCCCAAAGCGUGCCAAGGUCACGGCGGAGCCAGGGGCGCCUGAGGAGGGCCCAGCUCGCCUGGCGGCACCAUUUUUUGCACGGAAGCUGAAGAAUGCAGCGAUCGGCACCGGCUGCGACAUCCGGCUGCGGGUGGUGGUGGUGGGCAACCCCCAGCCCAGCCUCCGCUGGUACCGAAAUGAGGAACUGCUGGCCCCAUGCGAGGAGGAGUACGGCACCCUAUGGAUCCGGGACAGCAAAAAGGAAGAUGCCGGCGUAUACACCUGCAUCGCCGAGAAUGAGCGGGGAGAGGCCAUGACCAGCGCCGUGCUGGCCAUCAUUGACAUGGAAGAAGACCGGCCACUCGCGGCGCUUCGGGCGCUUCACGCAUGCGAAGUUUUCCGCUCCUGCAGGAAACAAAGCUACGACUCGGAGACGGGUGAGGAUGAGCCCAGCGACCCCCAGGUGACGCAGCGCAGUGAGCUCCAGGAUGAGACGGCCUUCAGCACCCCCACGGGUGGGUCCGACACCCUUGUGGACGCCUCCAUGAACACGACGCCGACCUCAGUGCUGGCCCUGUCACAAGCAGAGGAGCGCUCCAGCUGGUCGGGCAGCCAGCAGACCGUGGUGGAGAAGGAGACGGAUGCCAACCUCCCCAUGCGGGGACCCUACCUCCGCCCCGCUGCCUGGCAGCAGCUGCAGGGAACCCCAAGGCAAGCAAACGCGCCGGCCCCGCGCAGCGCCGAGGUCCGGCACCUGGGCGUGGAGCCGCUGGUGCGGGCAUCACGGGCUAAUCUGGUGGGCACGAGCUGGGGGUCGGAGGAUAGCCUUUCGGUGGCCAGCGACCCGUACGGCAGCGCCUUCAGCCUGUACCGAGGACGGGCGCUCUCGCUCCACGUCAGCAUCCCCCAAGGGGGCUACCGGAGAGAUGACCCCCACAGUGGCCCUGUAUCUCCAAAGCCUGGUGCUGAGCCUCCGAGGUCCCCCGCUGCCCUGCCGCUGACUGCCAAACCACCCAUCCUCCGCUCACCGUCUCCCCGCGCCGGCCCGUGCCUGCCGCCGCCCGCCGGCACUGCAUCCCAGCCUGCCACCCGUGGCCCUGGCGUCCCCUCCUUCACGCCCGUGACCCCCCGCAAGAAGUCCACGGUGCCAGCCGAGUACCAGGACACUGUCCCUGAGGAGUACGAGGAGAAGAUCAAGAAGCCCAAGUCCUCGGGGUACUCACAGGGCAGCACACAAGAGUCCCGUCCCCAGACACCCAUGAGCGACGCCUCCGGUCGUGUCUCUGUCCGGGCAUCCCCCAAGCUGGUGCGUGCCGGCUCCAAGAUCUUCGAGAGGCUGCAGUACUUCGAGGAGCGGCGGAGGAGCCUGGAGCAGGCGGAUAGCCCCUUCCCCGCACACCUGCCCCUGCGCAAGACGCGUUCCUUCGACCAGCCUGGCUCCGGCUUGCGCCGUGCCGGCACGCUGGGUGGCUCGCGGGAGGACAUGAGGGAAGGUGGCCGCUGGGAGCCAGGCAGCACGGCAGCAUGCCGGCGUUUGGCCUUCCGACAGAAAGCCGCGUCUUUUGAUGAGCGGGGCAAGUUCGCCGGCCGUGUCUACGCCAUCGAGCACAAGUUUGCGGAGGAGCUGACCCGUAUCAAGCGGACGGUCUCUAAGCAGCAGCUGCGGCGCUCCCAGGAGCUGUGCAAAGCUGGGCUGCCCCCGGCACCCUCACCCCCUGCGGCCGGCGAGCCCUCCACCCCCCGUGCCCCCCGCACCCCGUCCUCACAGGGCACCAGUGGGCGCAAGGCGCUGCCACCAAAGACCUUCCCGCCGGUGGAGAGCACACACGUCAUCCAGCACCUGGCACUUUCCAGUGUGGCGCUGGUGGGACCUGAUGCGGAGCCGGAGCUGGGGGGGCAGCGCGGGAGGAAAGCCCUGGCACGGGGCGGCGCAGCGGUCCGUCAGCCCACCGAGGCGGAGGAUGCGGGUGCCAGGAAGGGUCUGCAGCAAGAAGGCACUGGGGAAGUGAAGAAGAAGGAGCAGUGGCCGUUAGCGCAAGCCACCCCCCAGGGACGGGCAGCCCUUUUGCAGGCGGGUCCCGCCGAAGGCAGCCCGUGCCCGGAUGGGGGCCCCGCCAGUGGAGCCCAUGCCCCCGGGGUGGUGAGCGAAGCCCUGGCUGCCCGGCUGGCCGUGCCCCACGGGCUGUACCGGCGGCCAGAGGCGCCCGUGGAAGUGCGGUUCCUGCCCUGGGCAAAGCCAGGGAUGGAGCAGGAGGCUCGCCUGGAGAGGAGCUGGGCAGGGCAGCACGGCACGGGCAGGGAGGUGGAGAGAAGGCAAAUGAAAGUGUCAGAGAAGAAAGAGAGUGGCCGGAUGGCUCAAGAAGGCAGGAGCACGCGGAGCAAGGGGAAGGGGCGCCGAGCCAGGCCCACCUCUCCGGAGCUAGAGUCCUCUGACGACUCCUACGUCUCAGCGGGUGAAGACCCCCUGGAAGCCCCCAUCUUUGAGAUCCCCAUCCAGGACAUGGCAGUGGCUGUGGGGGCGGAGGUGCUGCUCAAGUGCAUUGUCACAGCCAACCCCCAGCCAGAAGUGUCCUGGAGGAAGGACGGGGUGCCGCUGCGGAGCAGCACGACGCGGCCCAUCAAGGCGGAGGGCGAGCGUCAUACCCUGCUGGUCAGGAGCGCCCGGGUAGCCGACGCCGGCCUCUACACCGUCACCGCGGCCAACGAGGUGGGGGCGACCUGCUGCAGUGCCAUCCUCAGCGUGCGGCCCGCCCCCGCCGUGGAGCGGCAUGGGAACUUGGCACCCCCCCUCGGCCAGGCCAGUCCCAUCACUUCGGAUGAGGAGUACCUGAGCCCCCUGGAAGAGUUCCCCGAGUCCGGCACCCCCCAGCAUCGACCGGCCAUGAAGCUGCAGCCUAGAGCUGAGCAUGGGGCUGCCCACGGCUCCCCGGAGAGCACCUUCAAGGCUGCACCCACUUUUGAGGUGUCCCUGUUGGACCAGUCGGUGCUGGAGGGGCAGGAUGUCAGCAUGAGCGUCUGCGUUCGCGGGGAGCCCAAGCCCAUCAUUUACUGGCUGAGGAACCGGCAGCCGGUGAAGUACGGCCGCCGGCACCAUGCGGAGGAAGUGGAGGGGGCACGGGGGCUCUUCACGCUGCACAUCCUGGCGGCAGAGCGCACUGACACCGGCUUCUACACCUGCAAGGCCGUCAACGAGUAUGGCACCAAGCAGUGCGAGGCCAAGCUGGAGGUCAGAGCUCGCCCCGAGUGCCAGUCCCUGGCCAUCGUGGUUCCCCUGCAGGACGUGGUGGUCGGGGCGGGGGAGCUGGCGCUCUUUGAGUGCCUGGUGGCUGGCCCGCCAGACAUGGACGUGGACUGGCUGUCCCGGGGCCGGCUGCUCCAGCCCGCCCUGCUCAAAUGCAAGAUGCAUUUUGACGGGCGCAAGUGCAAGCUGCUGCUCACCUCCGUGCACGAGGACGACAGUGGGAUCUACACCUGCAAGCUCAGCACUGCCAAAGAUGAGCUGACCUGCAGCGCCCGGCUGACGGUGCAGCCCUCCAUACAGCCGCUCUUCACCCGCAAGCUGGAGGAUGUGGACGUGGUGGAAGGGCGGACGGCGCGUUUCGACUGCAUGAUCAGUGGGACUCCCCCCCCAGCAGUCACCUGGACCCAUUUUGGCCAGCCGGUGCAGGAGGGUGAGAACGUGCGGAUUCAGCGGGACAGGGGGCUGCACUCGCUGGUCAUCGUGCACGUGGGCAGCGAGGAUGAGGGGCAGUAUGCAGUGACUGCCAGGAAUGCCCAUGGUCAUGUGGAGUGCUCUGCUGAGCUCUACGUGGAGGAGCCACGGCCGUCUGCCGCCUCCCAGAUCUCCAAGCUGGAGAAGAUGCCAUCUAUCCCCGAGGAGCCAGAACAGGCGGAGACGGAGGCAGAGUGCUUCACCAUGCCCGAUUUCCUGAAGCCACUGCACAACCUGGAUGUGGUGGAGUCAAAGGAGGCUGUGCUGGAGUGCCAGGUGGCCGGGCUGCCCUACCCCUCCAUCACCUGGUUCCACAACGGCACCCGCAUCGACAGCACCGAUGACCGCAAGAUGAUGCAGUAUAAGGAUGUCCAUCGCCUGGUGUUCACAGCUGUCAGCCAUGCGCAUGCCGGUGUCUAUAAAAGUGUCAUUGCCAACAAAGUGGGGAAGGCCACGUGCUACGCGCAUCUCUACGUCACCGACAUAGUGCCGACCCCCCCGGAUGGGCCCCCCACCGUGGCCUUGGUGACCGGCAGAGCCAUCACGCUCACCUGGAACAAGCCCAAGUGGCUGGACACCGCCAUAGACCCCAACUCGGUGACCUACGUGGUGCAAAUGCAAGUGCUGGGCACGAUUCAGUGGCUGGUGCUGGUGGCUGGCGUGCGGGACACCACCUACACGGUGCACAGGCUGACCAAGGGUGCCCAAUACCUCUUCCGUGUCAUCACAGCCACCCCCAAGACCAACAGCAAGCCCUCCCCGCCUGUGGGGCCCGUGCAGCUCCUGGACCGGGGUCCCUACCUGGAAGAGGCCCCGGUCAUCCUGGACAAGCCAGAUGUGGUGUACGUGGUGGAGGGUCAGCCAGCCUCCAUCACCAUCACCAUCAACCACGUGGAGGCCACUGUCACCUGGAAGAGGGGUGAGCAGGUGCUGGUGGAGCAGGAGGGCACAUGCGAGGUGAUGAUGCCGGACGACGACCAGCACUGCCUGCGGCUCCUGUGCGUGGGCCGGGGGGCCGCGGGGCCGCUGACCUGCGAGGUGAGCAACCGCCACGGCACUGCCUGCUGCACCCUCCGCCUCCGCCUCGCAGAGGCACCGCGCUUUGAGUCCAUCAUGGAGGACAUCGAUGCCCAGGAAGGGGAGACGCCACGCUUUGCUGUGGUGGUGGAGGGGAAACCACUGCCAGACAUUAUGUGGUACAAGGAUGGGGAGCUGUUGGAAGAGAGCAGCCACCUGAGCUUCGUGUACGAAGACAAUGAAUGCUCGCUGGUGGUGCUGGGCGCCGCUGAGCCUGACAGCGGUGUCUACACCUGCACAGCAAAGAACCUGGCUGGGGAGGUCUCCUGCAAGGCAGAGCUGGUGGUGCGGGCAGCCCAGCCUGCUGCUGAUGCCACCAUGGAGGAGGAUGCACUGCACAAGGCACGACGCCUGACCGACUACUACGACGUGCACGAGGAGAUCGGGAGGGGAGCUUUCUCCUACCUGCGGAGGGUGACGGAGAAAAGCAGCCGUCUGGACUUUGCCGCCAAGUUUGUCCCCGGGAGGACCAAGGCCAAGCAGUCGGCACGCCGGGAGCUGCACAUCCUCUCGCAGCUGGACCAUGAGCGCAUCGUCUUCUUCCAUGAUGCCUUCGAGAAGAAGAAUGCCGUCAUCAUGGUCAUGGAGCUCUGCGCUGAGGAAGAGCUGCUGGACAGGAUGGCAAGGAAGCCCUCAGUGUGCGAGUCCGAGGUCCGGUCCUACAUGCGGCAGGUCCUGGAGGGGAUCUGCUACCUGCACCAGCACCACGUCCUGCACCUGGACAUCAAACCAGAAAACCUACUGAUGGCGGAUUCAAGCAGCGAGCAGGUCCGGAUCUGCGACUUCGGCAACGCACAGGAGCUGACACCCGAUGAGCCGCAGUACUGCAAGUAUGGCACCCCCGAGUUUGUGGGCCCCGAGAUCGUCAACCAGACCCCUGUCUCCAGCGUCACCGACAUCUGGCCCGUGGGAGUCAUCGCCUACCUCUGCCUGACAGGGAUCUCCCCCUUUGUGGGGGAGAACGACAAGACGACGCUGAUGAACAUCCGCAACUACAAUGUGGCCUUCGAGGAGAGGAUGUUCCAGGGGCUCACCCGGGAAGCCAAGGGCUUUGUCAUCAAAGUGCUGGUCAAUGACAGGCUGAGACCCAAUGCGGAGCAGACCCUGGAGCAUCCCUGGUUCAAGACGCUGGCCAAGGGGAAGGUCAUCAGCACCGACCACCUGAAGCUCUUCCUCUCCCGUCGGAAAUGGCAGCGCUCGCAGAUCAGCUACAAGUGCAACAUGGUGCUGCGGCCGAUCCCAGAGCUGCUGGAGGACACAUCCAACCACCUCUCCAUCGCCGUGCCCCGGCACCUCAAGGAGUCACCAGCACUGUCGUCCUCCUCGGACUCGGAUGACCUGGACGAGCUGCCCUUUAUCCCCAUGCCACACCAGGUGGAGUUCUCUGGCUCCCGCAUGUCGCUCAACGAGAUCCCCACGGAUGAUGAGGCCAUUGGGCCAUCUGAGGGGCCACGGCUGGAGGGGGUCACGCCGGGGGAUGUCUCCGCCAUGGAGUGGCAGAGCCAGAGUGUGGGGAAGCCCGGAGUGGCCCUGGGAAAGCGGCCAAGGGGUGUCGGGCCGCGGCGGCCGUGCACGGAGGCGGAGGCACCCGGCUCCUCCGACGAAGAAGCUCCUGAAGCCCAGAAGCGGCCAGAGUACCCCCGCAAAGCCAUGAGAAAGGGCUCCAGCCUAGAGUCCCCGGGGAGUGCCCGGCGGGGAGAGCUGAAGAGGGGCGGCUCUGCCGACAGUGCCCUGCUGCUCCACCAGCCCCUGGGGACCGAGGAGGGGGCUGAGGUGGGCCGGGACCCCCGCCGGGCCUUGGCUAAGGCGGCCUCCAUGGAGCUGCCGUGGCGGAAGGGGACCUGGGGGGAGGACGAUCAUGCCCAGCGCCUGGAGCUGAUGCGCCAGAGGCUUCUGCGGGGCGGCCCUGGGGACGGCAAGGUCAGUGGCCUGCGGGGUCCCCUCUUGGAGACCCUGGGGGUCGGCCCUGACAAGAAGGUCCCACGGCCAACCCGGUUGGAGCCACCGGCGCCAGCGGUGCCACGGCUGGUGCGGGCAGCCUCCAGCGAGGCCACCUCACCACGCCUCCUCCCUCCUGAGCAUCGGCUGCAGAAGAGCAGUUCUUUCAGCCAUGGGGACACCGAGCCCGUUGUCCGGCACCGCCGUUCCGGCGCACCCCUGGAGAUCCCAGUGGCCUGCCUGGAGGCCCAGCGGCUCAAGGAGUCCCCAUCACUCUCAGCCCUCUCUGAUGCCCGGCCCCCAGCGCCGCCAGACACCCCUGGCCCACCACCACUCCCCGUGGUGGAGACUGCCGUACCCCGAGCCCCCGCCACCAAGGCUGCCCUGGGGACAAGGAGCAUACCCGAGACGCGCAGCCAGUCUGGGGCCAGCCCGGCUGCCACCACCACGGGGAAGAAGCCCAUGGCCAGAGGGCAGGAGGAGACGGCACCCACCAAGGCCCCUGGAGCCAGCAGGGAGGGGGCUGCCAGGAUGGGAACACCCACCCCACCACAGCCCCCUACUCCCAGCACCCAAGCCCCCAAAACAUCUUCCUAUGCGAAGGUCAUGCAAGCCAUGGGAGCCACGCAAGGUGGGGAGCCAGCCACUGAAGAAGCCCCCCAGCCCCCACCGGCCACCCCUGCUGAGCCCCCCGCGCCAGCACCAGCACCGGCAUCGAGGAGGGAGGCAAAGCCCACCGGCUCCUCCAGCUCCCUGCUCAUCCAGGACAUCGACUCAGAGGAGGUCUUCGAGGCCAAGUUCAAACGGGGCCGGGAGUCAUCGCUCAGCCGGGGGCUGAAGCUCCUCACCCGCUCCCGCUCCGAGGACCGGCACCUGGCCGGCCUCCCAGCCCCCAGUGAGGGCAUCUACCGUCCCACACCGGCCGGUGUGCCCCUGGAGCUGCGCAGGGACCAGCCCACCGGGCUGGCAGCCAAGUCCAAGUCGGUGCAGGACCUGCACGAGGUGGAGAAGGACAGGAGCUUCCUCCGGAGGAUGUCCGUGCUCCUCAAGCGGACCCCGCCUGCCGAAAGGAAGAAGAGCAGGGGGGAAGAUGGGGGCGGCGAGACCCCAUCCAGCGGGCGCCGCUUCUCCUGGAGCCUGUCCCUGGGUGGCUCCAAGGAGCGGAGGGACUCGGAGAGCCUCAGGUCUGAGCCGGGGGGCGGCGGGGAGAGCGAGUCGCCGGCGGGGGCCGUGCGGAGGAAGAUCAGCACCACGGUGGAGCGGGUCUCGGCGCGGCUGCGCAGCCUCUCGGACGAGCGGCCGGAGGGCGAGGGGCCCGGGGGGCUCCGCCGCGCCAGCUCCGAGGGGGAGAGCCUGCGGCCGGGGCCCCCCCCGGCACCCGCACCCUCCUCCGAGUCCCUGCGCUCGGAGGGCAGCACCCGCUCCUCCGCCUCCGCCAAAGGUGGGGGUGAGAGCCAGAAGCGGUCCCGCUGGGAGCGCUGGGGACUCUCGCGGGGCAAGAAGGAGAAGGUGGCCUCGCAGCCCAGCAUCCCCUCCAUCCUGCUGCGGGAGGAGGGACCCGCCGCCGGCCGGCCGCACGCACCCAGCGAGUCGGAUUUCCCCCCUGUUUUCCACAUCAAGCUGAAGGACCAGGUGCUGCUGGAGGGCGAGGCGCUGACCCUCUGCUGCCUGCCCGCCGGGAGCCCGACCCCCAGGAUCGUCUGGAUGAAAGACAAGAGGUCCCUGCAGCCAGACAACACAUUGAAUGUCGUCUCCUGCAAGGAUGGCCGGCAGAUGCUCACCAUCACCAAGGUCUCCAGGAAGGACGCAGGGCUGUAUGAGUGUGCAGCCGCCAACACCCUGGGCACGGCCAUCAGCUCCUGCACGCUGGCUGUGGCACGGCUCCCCGGGAGGCCGGGCACCCCAGAGAUCCCCCAGAAGUACAAGAACACGGUGCUGGUGCUGUGGAAGCCCGCGGAGAGCAAAGCUCCCUGCACCUACACGCUGGAACGCAGGCUGGAAGGGGAGCACGAGUGGAAGAUCAUCAGCACAGGCAUCGCCGACUGCUACUUCAAUGUGACGGAGCUGCCUCCCGGGAGCACCGCUAAAUUUCGGGUGGCCUGUGUCAACAAGGCCGGGCAAGGGCCCUACAGCACCCCCUCAGGGAAGGUGCACCUUGAGGCAGCAGAUGCACAAGCUGCCGCAGCCAAGGACGUUGCCAUCCCUGUCCCUGUCCCCGAGAAGGUGGCUUCCAGCCGGUCAACCCAGACGCCUGUGGGACAGCUGGAGCCACCGGCCACAGGGCCCCCCCCUAUCACGCCACCCCGCAAGCACAAAGGAGCGGUGCAGAAGGCAGAUGGGGCAGCACAGGCGGAUGUCUCGCCAGGGGUCCUCCAGCCCCCUGCACCCCACGAGGAGGGGCUGCGGACGGACCCCGAGCUCCCACCCAACAUCACGAUCUGCGUGCCCCCAGAGCUGAUGUUCACCCCCCCUCGGACUGUCACCUCACCCCAUACAGACACCCCCACCCGGGGGUCCCCCACGCCCCCCACGGACACGUCCCCCCCACCUCAGGCUCCAUCCCCUUCCAAGUUGUCCCCCAUUUCCCCCGUGUCAACGACCCCCAGCUCAGCUCCCACGCCGUCUCCCGCCCCCAAUGCUGCGCCUGUGCGAAAGAUGCCCCCCUACAUGGUCACCUCCUUCGUCUCCAUGCCCCCCACGUCACCCCCAAUGCAGGAGCCCUCCCCCACUGCCCUGUCCUCCAAGGAGCCCCCAGCCGGGAGCGGGGUCUCGGGGGCUAAGGACAGCAUGGCGCUGCGGCAGGGUGUCCCCCAGAAGCCAUACACCUUCCUGGACGAGAAGGCGAGGGGCCGUUUCGGGGUGAUCCGGCUGUGCAAGGAAAACGCCACGGGGAAGCACUUCAUGGCCAAGAUUGUGCCCUAUGAGGCAGAGAGGAAGCAGAGUGUGCUGCAGGAGUACGAGAUCCUCAAGGCCCUGCACCAUGAGCGCAUCAUGGCCCUGCAUGAGGCGUACAUCACCCCCCGCUACCUGGUACUCAUCUGUGAGAACUGUGCCGGCAAGGAGAUCCUCUACAGCAUCGUGGACAGGUUUCGCUACUCAGAGGACGACGUGGUGAGCUACGUGCUGCAGCUCCUCCAGGGCCUUGAGUACCUGCACAGCCGCCGCAUCGUGCACCUCGACAUCAAGCCAGACAACAUCGUCAUCUCGGGGAUGAAUGCCCUUAAGAUCAUUGAUUUUGGCAGCGCCCAGACCUACAACCCCCUUGUGCUGCGGCAGCUGGGGCGGCGUGUUGGCACCCUGGAGUACAUGUCGCCGGAGGUGGUAAAGGGUGACCCGGUGGGCUCCGCAGCAGAUGUCUGGGGUGUUGGCGUCCUCACCUACAUCAUGCUCAGCGGGCGGUCCCCGUUCUUCGAACUGGACCCCAUUGAGACGGAGAACCGCAUCCUGGCAGGGCGCUUUGAUGCCUUCAAGCUGUACCCCAACGUCUCGCAGAGCGCUGCCCUCUUCAUCCGCAAGGUCCUCACUGUCCACCCCUGGAGCCGCCCCACAGUGAAGGACUGCUUUGCCAAUGCCUGGCUCCAGGACGCAUACCUGAUGAAGCUGCGCCGCCAGACCCUGACCUUCACCACCAACCGCCUCAAGGAGUUCCUGGUGGAGCACCAGCGGCGCCGCGGCGAGGCUGUCACCAAGCACAAGGUCUUACUCCGCUCUUACCAGGGUGGCCAGCCGCCAGGGCUGCAGUAGCCAGCGCCUCA